AUGACGAGCGAAAAGAAAAAUACAAUCAAUUGCAGGCGGCUGCACAGGGCCAACAUGAUUUUUGCCACCAUAAGCAACGACAACAAUUACAUAUGCAUCAUCACGUAUUACGAAAAUGAUUACAACUUAGAGCUGUUCAGCGCGAACAACCAAAUGCAGAAAAUAUUUCGAAAGACCAUUCCAGACAGCAUUAACAAAGUUUAUAUAAAUCAUGGUAACAAGUACAUUUGCGUGACGAGUCAAAAUGGCGGCAUAUACAUCCUCGACAUGAAGGGCAACCUUGUGUACAAAAAUGAGGAGAUGCAUUGCUUGCACUGGAGAAAGAGAGGUGCCCAGGGGGGGGUUGUCCCCGCAAAAAAUGGCUACUCCAAAAGGAAACGCAAAAAAGAGACCAGCUGGACCCGCGCCGAUCAGGAACAUCAAGUGAAAGACAACACCCCGAGUGAAAACACCACAAAAAGAUUUAAAUGUGACAAAGUGGCGAAGAAGGAAAAUUCAGUUGUUCCCCUUCUUAACAAUAAUGUGAAAAAAACGAAUAGCGGAAAAUUAAUCGGUGCAAAAAAUCAUCUGACCGGGUCAGGUAAAAAUGGAGACAUAAAAAGUAGGAAGCAACCGCUCAGCAGCAGCUUCAUUAUGAAAAGCGAAAAAAAUAAAAAGGGACCUAGCCUCAGUGGGAACGUACUAAAGAGCGGCACCACGGCGAGGAGGUACAAAUCUGUGGGAAACGAAAAAGAGGGGAAAAAACAACCCAACGGGAGGGUUUCCACCAGGCAGGCCAGUCAAUGCAGCGGGAAUAACCCCUCCAAGGAGAUAAUCGGGUGCGGAAUAAAGAGGCCCACUCAGCGGAUAGGGAAAAGCGGCACACUCACAGGCAGUGAUGACAAGGCAAAUAAUAACCAUUCAAAUAAUAACCACACAAAUGAUGCCCAUCUAAACGAUAGCCAAACAAAUGAUGACCAGUUAAAUAGCCAGACGAAUGGCGACGAAACACAUUCCGAUGUGAGCAUUAAAUCCGACUCGUCCAUCCUCGAAAAUUACGAUUGUUGCUUAAAAAAUGAGGUGGGCGAUUACUUCUUCUCCACCCCCUCGACGAAGCGGAUUGCAAAAUGUGGAGAAGUGAACGAAUUAAAUUGCAACGGUGAGUACGAAAAAAUGCCCCUCGAAAUUGUGGACAUAUUCUGGAUUAACGUAGAAAAAGAUAACAGAAAUAAAUGUGCAGAAAAUAAUGGCUAUUAUUACCUGUUCAGUUACUUUGACAGCCUGCACAUUAUCCAUAGCCUGGACGUAGGGUUCAACAUUAUAUGCUCCAUGAAUUUGAAGAUUAUAUUUUACAAGUGCAACAUUUUAAAUCAUUUUUAUAAAAAUAUUAAUUCGUAUGUUCAGCUGAAAAAUAAGAUUGUUCAGGCAUUUAAGGAGGAAUUUAUAAAAAAAUGUAAAGCGAAAAAUAAGUACGCAUGUGUGGAGUGUGUCAAGUCGGCAAAAUAUAAUUGCCAUCGAAGCAGAAUGAACAAUUUGAACACGUCAAUGAACAGGGUGAACAGUCUCCAUCUUGGUCUCAAUGCACACAGUUGGGAUGCGACUGAGUCCUUUUCCUUUCCCCACCAUUUAGACGUAAAAGAAAGCAUCAUUAAGAGGAUCUUCAACGACCUCCUUAUUGACAUUAAGCAAUCGUACAUUUCGAAUGAGCAGCACUACGUCUUAGUGAACUACCACGUGUAUGUGAAGCGGAAGUACUUGCGCUUCUCCAGCUUGGAGCCCCGCAGAUGGAGGCGGCCCAGCGACGCGCGAAGCGACGAGCGAAGCGAACGGGGAAAAGAAGCGGGAAGUGAAGCGGGAGGAGAAGCGGGAGGCGAAGCGGCUAGCCCGACGUCCAGCGCACCCCCCAGUGAAGCAGCCAGCCUGACAUCCACCGCACCCCCCAGCGAAGUGACCAGCCUGACGUCCACCACAUGGACGAACAAACCAUGGAAAAGACGCAACAAAUUUAAUCUAAAAAAAAUCAUCAUGAACAGAGAAAAGGCAAACCAACUUACACUCCCAUCGCACAAGUACAAAAUGUGUCUCCUCGGGAUGCAAAAAUUUGGAGACGUGGAAAAAGAAUUCAAAUCCGUGGAAAAAAUUAUCCUAUACCUCCUACACUCUUCCAACAUCCUCCAGAGCAUCUUUCACAUAUACAAGCAAAUGUCAGCCAUGUAUUCAAAAUUUAAGGAGUACAAACAAAUGCAUAACAUUUAUCGAAGCAUUGUCCAUUUGAAUAGCCACUUUAAAAAAUUUUACUACAAAGAUCGGACCAUGGUUUAUUUCUCCAAGUAUAUAAAAAAUCGGAGGGAGAAUUUUGACGAGAAUUUGUACAACUUAUUUUUUAAGGAAAACGAAAAAAGAGACUUCGCUCGCUACUACGAUGUGGUAAACAAGAUGAUAAGCGACAACACGAUAUGCUGCUCCUGCUCGAAGAGGAAGUUUCUUAGCGGGGGGGUGGCCGCUGGCCAGCAGGGGGAGGAUCCCCACCAGGAGAGGAAUCCCCAUCGGGGGGAGGACCCUCCUCUACAGGAAGGCGAGGCAAAUGGAGAAAUCCCUCGCCCAAACAGCGGGGGGGAAGGGCCGGUUAUGGAAAACCAACUCGAUGCGGCAACUGGGGAAUUCUCAGAGGACUGUUUGAAGGCCCCUUUUGGAGGCACACGGCGCGCCGCCAAGAAGGAAGACCCCUUUGAGGAGAACAUAAAGAGGGGGGUCCUGAACAGCUACGAAGGGGGGUCCACGACUGGGGCGGCACGUCCGCAAAGAGGUGGCAUGGCCAGUCGGGGGAAGGAAGAAGCGGGGGUCGCAGCGGAGGGCGCAGCGGAGGAGAACGACGACGGUGAUGGUGAAGAUGAUGGUGAUGGUGAAGAUGAUGGUGAUGGUGGCGGUGACGACGACGGUGAUGGUGGCGGUGACGACGACGGUGAUGACAACAGUGACGAUGACGCCUCCGCCGAGGACGACCUGCCCCUGUCGGAGGGCGAACUCGAGGAGCGAUUCCGCAGGACCCGCAAAUUCAUCGUCCCCAGAGGGCAAAACAUAUGCAGCAGCUGCGAACUCCUGGUGCAGAAAAAGACAAUGCACAACUUUGAAAGGUUCGAACUGAACUAUGUUAUCCCCCCCCAAAAAAAAAAAAAACUGAGUGACGAAGAAAUUUACACCUCCCUGAUUAGGGACAUCUACCUCAUGUACAGCGAAAAGAAAUGCCCCCUCAAUCUGCUCCUACUGCUACAAGAGUUUAGCGAAAAGGAGCUACAGAAUUGUAAGACCAACUUCCAAGUGGUCCUAAACUACUACGAGAAGGUCUUCCUCGAAAAUGUAAACGAUCAUUUAAUAAAUUUGCACAAAAUAAUUUGCAUUUGUAAAUCGUUAAGUGAUAAUAUACACGUGAUGUUGAAAAGGUACUGCCUCGAUCGAAUAAAAAAAUUACAACAACUCAUCAUUUUCUGCGUCGGCAAGUUUCAAAAGUACUACAGUUUGAAGACCCAUUUGAACAUCUUCCUUUUCCUAAUCGAGUUAUUAGUGUUCAUUUCAAAAAAUAUUUAUUUCGAAAAAUUCCCUCAUUAUAAGGAGGCCUUUUCAAAUUACAGAAAUGUAGAUGUGGAAAUUUUAAAAAAUUAUAACUCUCUCCAAGGGAGUAAAAAAAUACACUUGCAUUAUUUCGAUCGAUACUUACACAACAGUCAGGUGAAGAGGCACAAAUUGUUUGUGGCACUUUGUACAAUUAGAAAUAAUUUGAAUCAGAUUUUUCAGUCCUUUUCCAACAGAAGGGGAGACAACAAAUUCAUUUCGAUUUACAACAUCUCCAUACUUCAUCUAAGAAGUAAUCAUCAAUUUCAUUAUUUUACUCUCCCGGGAAGUAUUAUAAAAUAUGACCCUUCUCGUAAUUCCUCCUACUUUGACGAUGGUUAUGUUGGUGGACAUGGGCGUUCCAAGGUUUACCCCUUCUACGUCUCCACCUGCGACCGCUUCUCCUUCGUCGGCAUAGACAAAUACUACCAGUGCGCCCUGCGCUUCAAGUUGGUUCAGCGGCGCGCCCUCGGCAUAAGCCUGCGCCCCCUCACGGUUCUCAGCGUCGUGGCCAUGUCCAAGAACUUCUUCUACAUCUUCACCAAGCACGACAAGAAGCUGAACAUCACCUCGCUCAAGGUGAAGUACGGCCACUCCAAGCGGAACCCCCUCAAGCGCAAAGGGAAGGCGGACUGCCCCAACGAUUUAAGCGUUGUCAAGUGCUCCAACCUGGAAUCCUACUACCCCAGCGCCAACAACUUCAACCUCAGGCUCCAAACACUUUGCAACUCCAUUAUUGCGAACUGCGAGCCGCACAUGUGCCUGAUACUGCAAGGACUGUGA